AAAACGGUAUGUGAUUGCCCGCAUUUUUUCCGAAUAUAGAGCAAACCGAUCAGUCUCUAUUGAGAGUUGAAUUCAGAAGGUUAGCAUUUGGUUAAGCGGUAUAACUUUGAUCGUUACAGGAGAACUUGUAAAAAUGUUUGCUUUGGCAGUGACAUUGGUUUCGGCCACAGCAUUGCUAACAAUUGCAAAUGCCGAAGGAGGGAUGAACAUCAAUAUUAAUCAACCAAAUGCACAAGUUUAUCAUCAGCAAAGUUCACGCAAUGAUCAGUUCACCUAUGGGUACCAUGUGGACACAGUCAGCAAUCAGUUCCAGCAUAAAGUUAAAGGUCCUGAUGACGUAACGUACGGAUGUUAUGGAUAUGUGGAUCCUGCCAAUAAGAAACACCUAGUUUAUUAUGUUGCUGAUCGUAUGGGCUAUAGGAUCAUCUUCCCAAAUAGACCAACCAAGAUCUUUACUGAAAGAAUUUCAGACAGUUUAAAUAAGCUAGAUGGCUCGGUGAAGAGUAAGGACUACGAUGAAAAAGUUGUUGCAUGGAAUGAUCUCUACUUGCCUGACGCAUGUUUCCGCUUGGAAGAGAUUUUAUCUUCGGCUGCAUCUAAUGUGCAUCAGCAAACUGUGCGUCCACUCAAGGUAGCCACUACAACUCCUAGGGUUGAGCCGAUCUACGUUCAACCAGAACUUCCGACUCCUACCCAAUAUACGGUUCCUACCACCCCUGCUACAAGUUAUGUCCAUUUGAAUCAGCAUGGUGAUCGGUAUACAAGACCAACGUAUCAAGGUGGAGAUUAUUCAACUGGUCAGGAUUCUUAUCAACAAGGGAAGCUUGAAAGCAACGUAGAACAAGUUCAACAAACUGCAACGCAAUGGUCGGGAUCGCUUCCGGACAUCAAUCCAGCCAACAUCAAUUUGGACCAGUUCAAUAUCCAUGCAACUAGCGAAGACUCGACUAGUUCAGCGUCGUCUACUAAUUUCAACACCCAACAGUACCAUAACUUGAACAUCACUCAACUGUUGGCCCAAAUUGAAGCAGUGAACUCUCAAGUGAUCACUCUCAACAUGCUGUUGGCUGGCAUGGCCAAUAACCCAAAUGGCUUCAGCACUGCUAACGAGGGCAGCUGUAAAACCGUAGUUCAUCUGCUUCGAAAUCAAAGAACAACGCCACAGCUUGUGUACGUACCCAUUCUAAUCCCAUACGUCGAAGGUCAGUAUAAUGUAAAUCAACCGUUUGGCAAUACGGCUGCCCGUUAUCAGCAACAGAAACCGUGUCAUCGUUGUCAGUGAUAACCGCGACUGUUUAUGCAGAAUAAAAUUAUGAAUUAUGUAGAACUAAACUUGUUUGAUUAUAAGU